AUGGAUAGAUCAACUCAUUCAAAUGCUGCUAGACCUGCUAGUGGCAACAAGGAUAAAAAUGACUUAGGGAAGAAGGAGCAUGUGAUAGCCUAGUUAGAACAGAUUGUAAUGGAACGUCUGAAAAGUACAAUCAAGGAUAUUGAGGUCGAAUAAGAGAGAUAGAUGAAGCAAAAACAAGAUCAAGGAAAAAACGAUUAAGUUGCUGUGGCCUUAUGGUCGAAAAUUAAGGGAUGGGCAACUGAGUAACCAUUUAAAAGAAUAGCAAAUCAAAUCACAGAUAAUCAAAAAAUACCACAAGAAGCCAGAUAGCGAUUCGCCAAACCAUUUAUGGAUUAAUAAAAAUUGAUUAUGAAUAUAGAAUAAGACAAGUCAAAAGUUAAAAUUAAAUUAAACGAACACUACUAAGCUUUGGCCAAGUCUACACAAGACAAUCUUAAUUCUGUUACAGCUAGUCUAGGGAGAUUGGCAUAAGCAGGUUGUUGUGGAAAAGGAGAAGCCUUGAGAAGUUUUGAAACUGAAUUUAGAAAAAUAGAGUUGGACUUUAUUUAAUGGUCAUCAUUGCCAAAUUUAGAAAACAACAAUGUUGAUAUUUUCGUAGUUAAGACAAAUCUGAAUUAUGAAGAUUUUAGAUAAUUCCUCAUUAAAUCUUUAAAUGAUUACUUUCCAAGUGCAGCAGGAGAAACUAAAAUUAUUGAAAAACCUGUUGAUAAGAUUGUCUAUGUGGAUAAACCAGUUGAUAAAAUUGUCUAUGUCGAUAAACCAGUUGAAAAAAUUAUAUAUGUGGAUAAACCUGUUGAGAAGAAGGUCAUUGAAUAUGUUGAGAAGGUUAAAGAAGUCCCUGUUUAUAGGGAUCAACCUGUUUAAGACGACAGAUUGAGAAUUGCACACGAGAUGCUCUAUGGAAUUGGAAGGCCUUAAAAUGUCACUGAAGCCUUAAACUUGUACUAUGAAUUAGCAGAAGUGAACUAAGAUGUCAAUGCCUUCAAUAUUAUAGCCUAAGUAUUUUCUGAAGGCAAGAUCUUUCCCAAAGAUUUGAACAAAGCAUAUACUUAUUGGGAGAGGAGUGCUGCAUAACAAAAUGCGGAAGGUCUCUAUAGAAUAGGUCGUUUGUUAUUGGAUUAAGUAAUUGACGGAUAGCUGUUGUCCCAAGGGAAACUAUAGUCAAGAGAUGAAUAGAAAUAAGAAGCUGUUGUAUUCUUUUAAUAGGCCAGUGAACAAGGUCAUCUGGAUGCUCUAGUAGACUUGGGAGAGAUCUUUGAGCAUGGACUCAAAAGCGAGGAUGGUGAAUCAUAUAUACAAGAACCUAAUUUGGAAUCAGCUGAGUUCUAUUAUACUUAAGGAAAGAAGGUCAGGUAUCCCAGAGCCAUCAAUGCGAUGGGACUCUUCUAUUAUAGUCAUACAGACUUCUAGGAGAAGGUCGUAGGAAAUAACUAUCGCAAAGCUCUCAAAUAUUUCGAAAUAGCCAAAGAUCUUGGUUAUGCUAAUUCACUCUAUUGGCUGGCACAAUGUUAUGAAUAUGGAUAUGGAGUAGGAGUUAAUUUGGAGCAGGCUAAAAGUUACUAUAAGGAAGGAGCUUUGAAGGGGGAUGUUGCAUGUAGACUCCAAUACAUGCACUUUGUGAUGAAAGAUUGUAGCAAUUCAGGAAGAUAGGAGGAUUAUUUGUUUGCACAUCAAUAUUUGAUUCAAAUCAUGAUCUAAAACCCAGAAAUUACAGAAGUCUAUUUCUAUCUAGGACAUCUCUAUGAGUGCGGGUUUGGAGUAUAAAAGGAUCCACAAAAUGCUAUUCAUUAUUAUUUUAAAGGAGCAAAACUAAAGAACCCUACUUGCAUGACCAAAUUAGGAGAUUGUUAUCAUAGUGGAUUCGGUGUUCCUUAAAACUAGAGAGAAGCUCUUAAAUUCUAUAAGGAGGCUGCUGAAUUGAAGGAUUCAGAAGCAUUAAUUAAUAUGGGUCUAAUCUAUGAAUAGGGAUAUGAAGGAGUGAGCAUAGAUUUCGCCAAGGCUUUCAAUGCUUAUGAAGAGUCCUCCAAAUUGGGUAAUUCAAAAGCCGAUUUUCAUUUGGGUCUAAUGUAUGAGGCUGGGAAAUAUGUUAAAAAGGAUGUCAAUUAUGCCAUACAAAGAUAUUAGAAAUCUGCUCAAAUGGGAUGCCAAGAGGCCAGAGACCUACUCAAAAAAAAAUAGAUUCCCAUGUUGUAUGAUGAUUCAGUUGGUGGAAGUACCCAUCAAGAGCUCGGCAUUCAUGCUGCCAAUAGAGAUGCCAUCAUGCUCAAUUAAGUUAUUCCCUAGAUUCAAAACCCUUUAGUUAUUAAUUAAGGUAAAAAAACUAAUUAAUCCAUCAUUGCUUACAAAUCUCAGCAUCAGGAAAUGGGAGAAGGAAAAAUGGUCAGUAUUUUAGCUCAUCCAAAUGCAACUCAAUCUAAUUACGCUUAAAGCCAAUAUUAGAAACCAGGAUUUUAGCAUUGAAAUCAAAGCAAAUGAUAAUUUUAUAUUAUAAUUAGAUUCACAAUAUUAUG